AUGAUACUAAAUAAAUUUAAUACAUAUUCUGAAAAAAAAAUGAGUAAAAAGAAACUUGAAAAAUUAAGAUGUUUAAAAAAGUGUCACAAAAGAAAGAGAACAUUAUUACAUUUAGCUUUAAAAGUUUAUAAACCAAUGCCAACAUUAUAUGAGGAAAAGGAUAUUGAAGAAAAUGAAAAUAUUUCUUCAAAUAUUAAUGAAACAAAAAAAAGUUAUUAUGUUAAUAAAGUUAUGCCUGAGAUUAAUAACAAUGUAAAGAUUAUGGAGGAUGAUAAUGAUGAAAAUUUAAAGAAGCAUCCAACAAUUAAACCAUUAUUUGUCAAAUUUAACAUUAAUAGUUAUAAAAUUCGAAGGAUAAUUGGUUCAAUUUUUUUUUUGUCAUCAUGCAGAGAAAGCACGUCACCAAUAAGAAUGUAUCACUAUUAG